AUGGAUUGUGUUCAAGUUUUAAUUGUUGGGAGAGGUUCGGAAAGUCCAUUAGGAAUAACAGGAACCGUUACAUUAGUUCAAAUAGAUGGAUUAAAUGUAUUAAUUGAUGUCGGCGAUCCAUGGAACGGUCAAGAAAUUCGAGAUGGUUUGUUAAAAUAUUCACUAAAUUGUGAUGAUAUAACACACGUUGUUAUCACUCAUGGUCAUUUGGAUCACUGUGCAAAUUUAUCUUUCUUCAAGAACGCCAAAAUUUUAAUGGAUUCUGAUAUUGCUAUUAAAGUCAAUGGACAGAUUGAAUACUCAAGUGUAGAAAAUUGGCCGUACGAACUUUCGAAAAAUAUCCAGGUUUCUAUUGUUUUCUUUAAAAAAACCAGCUGAUUUUUCAUAUUCAGAUUCACAAAUUAUCUGGACAUACUCAUUCUGAUUUGCUAGUAGAAGUAAUAAGAAAAGAUCAAAAAAUCGUAAUGAUUUGUGGUGAUCUAAUAGAGAGUGAAACAUCAAAAGGAAUCGAAUAUGCUGUGGAUCCCGAAAAACUAGCCGAAUCACAGUCGUUCAUUUUUUCUCGUGCCAAUUUCAUUGUUCCCGGUCACGGAAAUAUUUUCUCGUUAUGAUAAUAUUUUGUCUUUUGUUUAGUUCUUGAAAUGUUUCAAUUUCUAUAUGGAUAAAAUCGUUUAUUUUCAGAUGCGGCAAUGAAUGAACCCGGAAUUCAAUCAUCAUGUUCUAUUUGCGUUGCACCUCUACGAAGUUCGCAGAAAAUAAGUGCAUUGAAAUGUGGUCACACUUAUCAUUAUUCUUGCGUUAGUCAAUGGCUUAAUGUCAAAACCGAAUGUCCAAAUUGUCGGAAAAAGUUGAGAAAAACUGAUAUAAUUGAAAAAUUGUUUUUCGAUGUUCGUGUAAAUGAUGACGGAGAAAGUUCAAAAGAAAUUGAUUUCGCUGAAAAAGCUGAUAAAUUAGCUGAAGAAUUAUCAAAAGAAAAAGAAGCAUUGGCAGAAAAGGAAAAAUUAUGCACGAAUUUGCAAGCAAAUGUGAAAGCAUUGGAGAAAAAGGUAAAUAUUAUUAUUGAUUUUUUUGUAAUCAAUUGCAAUAUUUAGGUUCUUCGAGAAAAGGAACGAUAUUCAAAAGAUAUUCCUGCAUUGAAACAAAGAAAUCAACAUCUUGAAAUGGUUGCAAGUGAAACUGAACAUGCAAAAAAAGAUCUUGCUUUGUGUAAAUCUCAAUUGAGAGCUUGUGAAUUGUAAGUUCAAAUAAUUUUUCUUGUUUUUGAAAAAACAAUUAUUUUUCAGCUACAAAAUACUGCAGUAUAAAAAUGGUUCUGAUGAAAAUACUGAGAAAUCAUUAUCUCGUUAUCUCAAAGCCGAUUAUAAGAUUGAUACCGAAAAAUUUUUCGAAUUGAUGAAGUCGCAAAAUAAAGAACUUGCUGCGAAAAGAACAGAAGCUAUAAGAGAAGCUGAAAAAUUGAGAGGAGAAACUCAAAAUUUGAGAAAAGAGAAUAAAGACCAAUCGAAUAUUAUAAAGGCUCUUCAAAAAGAAAUUCAACAAUUGAGAGAUGUUGCAAAUAUUCAAACACCAAUCAAUAAAAAAUUGAGAAGUAUUAUUGACGCCGAAACACCUGCGGAUCAAAAAAGAAAAUCGAUGGGAUUUGAUAUGAGCAAUUCUUUAUUGGAAAGAGAUUCAUCGUAUUUUGAUCAAGAGAAUAAGAAAUAUGAGGAUCUUGAUUUUAUACCAAAGCCUUCAACAAGCACAGAAAAUAAAAAAGGAAAAUCUGCCUUGGCUUUUUUGGAAGAACAAGAGAAGGAUGAUCCAAUUUUCAAGGUACCUUUUUUUAACAGAAGUGAAAAUUUUUCAUAUUUGUUUUAUUCUUUCAGAAAGUGACAGAAAAACUGGACAACGUCGAAAUCGCUGCUUUGAAUGAUAGUAUUGAUGAUGCUGAUUUCUCCGAUAUUAAAAUUCCAUCUACAAUUCUAAAACGUCUGCCAGUCAUUCCGAAAAAGAAAAAUCUAAAUAUUGUACCAAAACCAUGUUUCGACGAUACUCUUUCUCCUGAAGUCAUCAAACCAAAACAAAUAAAAAGAGCAUUCAGUCAAAACGAUGUCAAAGAACCGAAAGCUAAGGUUAGUUAUUUUUGCAUUUUUCAAAAAAUUAGGUUAAAUAUUUAUAGAAACCGGCGGUGAAUUCUCACAGGUUAUCAAGUUUUUAUCCAAGAGUUUCAUCGAAUAAUGUAGAAUGUGUGACGAUUGAUUGA